AUGAAGCUCAGCCUUGUCCUCGCUUCUCUGGUCGCUGUGGCUGUCGCCCAGUCCUCCACCGGCUCCGAGGCCGCUGCUCCCACUGCCUCCCUCACCCCCGAGGCCAAGUGCGCUGCCAAGUGCGACCAGAAGGAGGUCUGCUGCAUGGCCGCCUGCUACAAGGUCCCUUGCCCCAGCGACAAUCAGGCCAACGACACCACCAGCUGCGUCGCCGACUGUCCCCAGGGCUCCGGCACCCCCAAGGAUACCGACAACUACGCCGCUUGCCAGGCCAGCUGCUACAGCAGCCACUUCUUCCCUGCCAGCCCUACUGGUUCCAGCGGUAGCACUGCCACCAGCGCCAAGGAUGCCGAUGCCACCGCUACCGAUGGUAGCUCCUCGGACAAGGACUCUGACAAGGACUCUGACAAAGACUCUGACAAGGACUCUGACGACAGCUCCAAGUCGGGCUCCAAGUCCAGCUCCGCUCCCUCCGCCUCCCAGACUCCCAAUGCGGCCUCCGCCGGUCAGCUCAAUGUCGGCGCGUCCGCUGCCGGUCUGGUUGGCUUCGCUCUGGCUGCCUGGGCUCUGUAA